CAGAAAUCCCAUCGCAAGCAGCGCACGUGAUGGGGAGGGCGGCUUCGGGCUGGGGCUGGCCAGCAGAGCCUCAGGCUCGCCAGGGGCUGCCCAGGCCAGACCCCUGUUCCCCUGGGAGCACCUGGACAGCGUGGACCGAAAGCGUUUGGUCCUGGGUCCCACGGGCCCGGGGCGAAGCCAGGCCUGAGGGCUGCACCCUCAGAUCCCGCCGUGGGCCGUGCUCGUCAGCAUCCUCCCUGGAGCCGUCCUUUCCCGCGCCCCUCGGUGGCGAGGUAGGGCAGGGUGACUGAAGGGGCAGCAGUGAGGGAAGGGCCCUUACUUGUGCUGACCUGUUCACACCUGAGGAGAAACGCUUCUGAAGACCCAGGCCACCCUCCAGGGGAACCGGCCUGGCGUAACUGUCCCCCGCUCCCACCCUGGGCCUAUCUGCUCCCCAGUCUCCGCAGCAUAGUAAACACCAGGUGAGCACCUCACCUGGCCUGCAGCUUCGAGCAGCGUCGGGGGCUGGGGCAGCCCAGGACAGGGACAGGACUGCAUCGCAGAGGGCCUGGCUCUGUGGCUGGGUGCCGGGCCCGGUGGGCGCCAGCCUGGCCCUCCUCCCCCGCCCCGCACCGGGUCAAUGUUGGCUUAGGGUGCAGAGCCUGACAAGCAGCUCGUUGUGAGCGCCCCACUGACGCCGGGGCUGGCUGUGUGAGGCGGGGGCAUUAGCCCGGCCCCCCUCUGCUUCAGGCGUUUGGGAGGUGCUCUCCGCCGGCCCCUCCACACAGGCUCACCGACUCCCAUCUGGUUGCCGUGGCAACCUCGCCUUCGCGGUGGCUGCCUGGAAGAGGGAGGAAGGGGCAGCUGGGUGUAGCCGGCCCUGUCCACGCCUGGUGCCCCUCUCAGCCCUGAUGCCACUGUUCUUCGUCUUUCCGGGGGAGCCCCCCACCCCGGCAUCUGGGAUGUGGGCCCCUCCCGUGGCCGGCCUGGUGACCCUUCUAGAGGUCUCUGCCCUUCUCAGCAAAUGUUGCCUUGACCGGCCAGGCAGGGUUGGGCAGGGCCGGCCCCUCGGCUCCUGGAGGGGAGCCAGAGCUGGUCCCCAAGAAUGUUCCACCAGGCUCUGGCACCAGACAGGGGCUUCUGAGCUGGAGGAUGCGUGCAACCCGCAGGCCUUGGCAGGGGCCCUGGGCAGUGGCCAGGCCUGUCCCUCCUGUCCCCGCCCUGUCCCUCGCUUUGCCUAGGGCUCCCCUCGAGAUCAGGAGCUUGUGCAAGUCAUCGAAAUUCUCUCAACCUGGGUUUCCUCGCCCGUAAAGUCAGGCAAAUGCUGCGCGGCUCACGGGUUUAUGAAUCCGGCCACAGCUGUCCAAGGAGAAGAUUGAGGGCUGUCACAUCUGCACCUCAGUCACGCCAGGGGAGCCGCAGGUGCUCCUGGGGAAGGACAAGGCCUUCACCUACGACUUCGUCUUCGACCUGGACACCUGGCAGGAGCAGGUGUAUGCGACCUGUGUGAGCAAGCUGAUCGAGGGCUGCUUCGAGGGCUACAACGCCACAGUGCUGGCCUACGGGCAGACGGGGGCCGGGAAGACGUACACCAUGGGCUCCGGCUUCGACGUAGCAACGGCCCAGGAGGAGCAGGGCAUCAUCCCGAGGGCCAUCGCGCACCUCUUCGGGGGCAUCGCUGAGCGCAAGCAGCGGGCACAGGAGCAGGGCGUGGCCGGGCCUGAGUUCAAAGUCAGCGCCCAGUUCCUGGAGCUGUACAACGAGGAGAUCCUGGACCUGUUCGACAGCACCCGAGACCCCGAUGCCCGCCACCGCAGGUCCAACAUCAAGAUCCACGAGGACGCCAACGGCGGCAUCUACACCGCGGGAGUCACCUCCCGCCUCGUCAGCUCCCAGGAGGAGCUGACCCAGUGCCUGAGGCAGGGGGCCCUGUCGCGCACCACGGCCAGCACCCAGAUGAACCUGCAGAGCUCACGCUCCCACGCCAUCUUCACCAUCCACCUGUGCCAGACGCGCCUGUGCGCCCAGCCCGGCCCGGUGGACGCCACGGCGACUGGGCUCCCCGAGGGCGCGGCUCCCGCGAGGGAGUAUGAGACGCUCACGGCCAAGUUUCACUUUGUGGACCUGGCCGGCUCAGAGCGGCUGAAGCGGACGGGGGCCACCGGCGAGCGGGCCAAGGAGGGCAUCUCCAUCAACUGCGGCCUGCUGGCCUUGGGCAACGUGAUCAGCGCCUUGGGGGACCAGAGCAAGAAGGUGGCACACGUGCCCUACAGGGACUCCAAGCUGACGCGCCUGCUCCAGGAUUCCCUGGGCGGCAACAGCCAGACCGUCAUGGUCGCCUGCGUGAGCCCCUCCGACCGGGACUUCAUGGAGACUCUCAACACGCUCAAGUACGCCAACCGGGCCCGCAACAUCAAAAACAAGGUGGUCGUGAACCAGGACAAGGCGAGCCAGCAGAUCAGCACGCUGCGGGCGGAGGUCGCACGCCUGCAGAUGGAGCUGAUGGAGUACAAGGCGGGCAAGAGGGUGAUCGGGGAGGACGGCAGCGAGGGCUACAGCGACCUCUUCCGGGAGAACGCCAUGCUGCAGAAGGAGAACGGGGCUCUGCGCCUGCGCGUGAAGGCCAUGCAGGAGGCCAUCGACGCCAUCAACAAGCGCGUCACCCACCUCCUGAGCCAGGAGGCCAGCCUGCUGCUGGCCAAGGCGGGUGACGGCAAUGAGGCCAUCGGCGCUCUGAUCCAGAGCUACAUCCGGGAGAUCGAGGAGCUGCGGACGAAGCUCCUGGAGAGCGAGGCCAUGAACGAGUCCCUGCGUCGCAGCCUGUCGCGGGCCUCGGCGAGGGACCCCUACUCGCUGGGUGCGUCUCCGGCCACGCCGGCCUUCGGGGGCAGCCCGGCCAGCUCCAUUGAGGACGCCUCCGAGGUGAUCCGCCGGGCCAAGCAGGACCUGGAGCGGCUCAAGAAGAAGGAGGUCAGGCAGCGGAGGAAGAGCCCGGAGAAAGAGGCCUUCAAGAAGAGGGCCAAACUCCAGCAGGAAAACGGCGAGGAGACGGAUGAGAAUGAGGACAAUGAGGCCGAGGAGGAGGAGGAAGAUCGAGACGAGAGUGGCUGUGAGGAGGAGGAGGGCCGUGAGGAUGAGGACGAGGACUCGGGCAGCGAGGAGAGCCUGGUGGACUCGGACUCAGACCCGGAGGAGAAAGAGGUGAACUUCCAGGCCGACCUGGCUGACCUGACCUGCGAGAUCGAGAUCAAGCAGAAGCUGAUCGACGAGCUCGAGAACAGCCAGCGGCGGCUGCAGACCCUCAAGCACCAGUACGAGGAGAAGCUAAUUCUGCUGCAAAACAAGAUCCGCGACACGCAGCUGGAGCGCGACCGCGUGCUGCAGAACCUGAGCACCAUGGAGUGCUACACGGAGGAGAAGGCCAACAAGAUCAAGGCCGACUACGAGAAGAGGCUGCAGGAGAUGCACCGGGACCUGCAGAAGCUGCAGGCCGCCCAGAAGGAGCACGCGCGGCUGCUCAGGAACCAGACGCGCUACGAGAGGGAGCUGAAGAAGCUGCAGGCCGAGGUGGCCGAGAUGAAGAAGGCCAAGGUGGCCCUGAUGAAGCAGAUGCGUGAAGAGCAGCAGCGACGGCGGCUGCUGGAGACCAAGAGGAGCCGAGAGAUCGCCCAGCUCAGGAAGGAGCAGCGGCGGCAGGAGUUUCAGAUCCGAGCUCUGGAGUCCCAGAAGCGGCAGCAGGAGCUGGUCCUGAGGAGGAAGACUCAGGAGGUUUCUGCACUGAGGCGCCUGGCCAAGCCCAUGUCUGAGCGGGCGGCGGGGCGCGUGGGCCUGAAGCCGCCCAUGCUGGACUCGGGGGCCGAGGUGUCGGCCAGCACCACCUCGUCGGAGGCCGAGUCAGGGGCCCGCUCCGUCUCGAGCAUCGUGCGCCAGUGGAACCGCAAAAUCAACCACUUCCUGGGGGACCACCCCGCGUCCGCUGGCCACGGCGCCCGCCCCGCCAGAAAGAAGUUCCAGAAGAAGGGGGCCAGCCAGAGCUUCAGCAAGGCCGCGCGGCUGAAGUGGCAGUCCCUGGAGAGAAGGGUCGUGGACAUCGUCAUGCAGAGGAUGACCAUCGUCAACCUGGAGGCCGACAUGGAGCGGCUCAUCAAGAAAAGGGAGGAGCUGUUCGUCCUGCAGGAGGCGCUGUGCAGGAAGCGGGACCGGCUGCAGGCAGAGAGCCCGGAGGAGGAGAAGGGGCUGCAGGAGCUGGCGGAGGAGAUCGAGGCGCUGGCGGCCAACAUCGACUACAUAAACGACAGCAUCUCCGACUGCCAGGCCACCAUCGUGCAGCUGGAGGAGACCAAGGAGGAGCUGGACUCCACGGACACGUCAGUGGUCAUCAGCUCCUGCUCCCUGGCCGAAGCCCGCCUCCUGCUGGACAACUUCCUCAAGGCGUCCAUCGACAAGGUGACCCUAGGCACUGGCCCAGGCCCGUCCAGAGCAGGGCAAGGCCUGAAUCCACAGGCAGCAGGUGGAGGCAGAGUGUGUGUGUGCGUGCACGUGUGUGUGUGCGCGCACAGGCACGCCUGCGCUGGGGUGGACAGUGAGACACAGACAGACAGCUGGACCACGUUCCAUGCAGGAGGCUUCUGGUUUGUCUUGCACUGCUGUCCUCUCCGUGCUGGACACAGAGCUGGCCAGAGGAUGGGCUUCCUCUGGGACAGGCAGCAACUCUUCUUCCUGUCUCUAGGGAGUGUGUCAGUCAGCUCGGCCGCCAUGACAAAGCACCACCAGCUGGGUGGCCUAAACAACAGCCUUGUGUCCUCACAGCUGUGGAGGCUGAUGUCUGAGGGGCUGCAAGUGGCCCAGAAGGAGGCGCAGAUCCGGCUGCUGGAGGGACGGCUGAGGCAGACGGACGCCGCGGGCUCCUCCCAGAACCACCUGCUCCUGGACGCUUUGCGGGAAAAGGCCGAGGCCCACCCCGAGCUGCAGGCCCUCAUCUACAACGUGCAGCAGGAGAACGGCUACGCCAGCACCGACGACGAGGUCUCCGAGUUCUCCGAGGGGAGCUUCUCUCAGUCCUUUACCAUGAAAGGCUCCACCAGCCACGAUGAUUUCAAGUUCAAGGGUGAGCCCAAGCUGUCUGCCCAGAUGAAGGCCGUGUCGGCCGAGUGCCUGGGCCCCCCGCUGGACACCGCCACCAAGAACGUCACCAAGUCCCUGGCCUCCCUGGUGGAGAUCAAAGAGAACGGGGUGGGCUUCUCCGUCCGGGACCCCUACUGCCGGGACAAGGUCUCACGCACCAUCAGCCUGCCCAGCAGAGGGAGCACUUUCCCCCGGCCGUCCCGAGGCACAGACACGUCCCCUCUGACCCGAAGGAAGUCGUACGACCGGGGGCAGCCCGCUAGGCCCCCCGACGUGGGGUUCACGCCCCCCUCGUCUCCUCCUACCCGUCCACGCAACGAUCGCAACGUCUUCUCCCGUCUGACCAGCAACCAGAGCCAAGGGUCAGCGCUGGACAAGUCCGAUGACAGCGACUCCUCUUUGUCGGAGGUCCUGAGAGGCAUCAUCUCGCCGGUCGGAGGGGCCAAGGGCACGCGGACAGCCCCGCUGCAGUGCGUCUCCGUGGCCGAGGGCCACACCAAGCCCGUCCUCUGCUUGGACGCCACGGACGAGCUGCUCUUCACAGGGUCCAAAGACCGCAGCUGUAAGAUGUGGAACUUGGUCACGGGGCAGGAGAUCGUGGCUCUGAAGGGCCACCCCAACAACGUGGUCUCCAUCAAGUACUGCAGCCACUCGGGGCUCGUGUUCUCCGUGUCCACCUCCUACAUAAAGGUGUGGGACAUCCGGGACUCUGCCAGGUGCAUCCGGACCCUCACGUCCUCGGGCCAGGUGACCUCAGGUGACGCCUGUGCUGCCACAUCCACCCGUGCCAUCACCGGCGCACAGGGUGAGCAGCAGAUCAACCAGAUUGCCCUGAGCCCGUCGGGCGCCAUGCUGUACGCCGCCUCAGGCAACGCCGUCCGCGUCUGGGAGCUCAGCAGGUUCCAGCCUGUCGGCAAGCUGACCGGCCACAUCGGCCCCGUGAUGCGCCUGACAGUCACCCAGACCGCCAGCCAGCACGACCUGGUGGUGACUGGCUCCAAGGACCACUACGUCAAGAUGUUCGAGCUGGGCGAGUGUGUGGCGGGCACCAUCAGCCCCACGCACAACUUCGAGCCCCCCCACUACGACGGCAUCGAGUGUCUGGCCAUCCACGGGGACAUCCUGUUCAGUGGCUCCCGUGACAACGGCAUCAAGAAGUGGGACCUGGAGCAGCAGGAGCUCAUCCAGCAAGUCCCCAACGCCCACAAGGACUGGGUGUGCGCCCUGGCCUUCGUCCCGAGCCGCCCCAUGCUGCUGAGUGCCUGCCGGGCGGGUGUCAUCAAGGUCUGGAAUGUCGACGGCUUCACCCCCGUCGGGGAGGUCAGGGGCCACGACAGCCCCAUCAACGCCGUGUGCACCAACACCAGGCACAUCUUCACCGCCUCCAGCGACCUGACGGUGAAGCUCUGGCGCGCCCGGCGGUUACCUCGCGGCCCGCCCUGAGCGAGGUCAGAGGGUGGUCCCAGACCUGCGGCCCCAGCAGCUCGGACAGCACGGACAGGGCCAGCCGCCCUGGGGACAGAGGGUGUGGCCGAUGGGUGUGGCCCUCCCCUGCUUCCCCUCCCCUCUCUGACGGCUGACGGGCCAGGCCUCUGGCUGUCCCCCAGGCUCUCCGUGCCUCCGCAGGACGCAGAGCAGGAGGCGAGGAAUUCUCAAGCUGUGACAGCAGGGUCGCCCCCCUUGUUUCUCCUGCUGCCCCUGGCCGUGCCCCUCCUCGGGCCCUUGACCCUGGCGUGGGCCCUGCAGGGGGGCGAGACCGUCCAGUCCCCACGUCCCCCAGCCCAGCUUCUGGACCACUGCACCUGCCUCUGAGCCCCAAAAGGUAGUCCUCAGGUAACCGUGGAAACCAGGUGUAGGCAGCCAGGCCUGCAGCUGACCUCUCGCCCUUGGCCACCAGCAGCUGUUCCCAGGUGACCCCAGUGAUUCUUGGGGUCCCUUCCGAUGAGGCUGCUAGAAAGACUCCCUGGGGGUGGCCAGACGCACUUCAGUUACUUAAUUUAUUUUUAUUUUUUGCUGUUGCCUCCUGGA